AUGAGCUCAAGCUCUACCACAGAAUCCUACCACGCCUCCUACGCAUCAGACGAAGCAGAGUCGAGCUUCCUCCGUCGUGAUCGUUAUCUACGCGUAGUACGUCUCGGACUCGCCGUCCUCAUCUUCUCGCUAGGGGUUUCCAUCAUCGGCUGCGAGGGUGCCCCGCUACACCACUACCGCCAGACAUCCGUUUACCAGCAGGCCUGGCUGCCUCUGUGGCCGCUGAACCUUGAUAUCCGUCCCACGAUAGCGAUAUUAGCCUGUGGGUGUGUCGUUGCGGCCUUGAACCUGGUUUACAUUGUAGUGGCGCUUCUUCCGUCGCCCCACUCAAACAUAAAACGCCUCAACCUCCUCGCAUCAGCAACCUCCAUCGCAGGUUUCCUAGCAGCCCUUAUAACCCUCCUCUUCACAAUCUACCUCCCCAACUCCACCCAGCCCAGCAAAUUCACCUCAUCAGAAACGCUCCUUUCAUGGACAUGCAAGUGGAAGACUGUCCGCGGCAGCCCAUCCACCAUCCCCGCGGCCGCGCACUUCGGGCGCGACUGCGCCGCCAGCCGUGCGGGACUGCUCCUUCUGGGGGUGCUUUUGGGACUCGAGGUUGUGAAGGGCGCUGUUGCUGCUGUGGGGGUUUGGUGUGGGUGGAGGGUGGCGAGACUGCGCGGGGCGCAGCUUACGCAGGCGAAGGUUGAGUUGGUGGGGAAGUAUCCGGGGGUUUGA